AUGGGCCUGACCACCUCGUUGCUCUGCUGCAAUCUGGACGCAAACGACCUGGACGACAAGGUCCACAAGAGCAGCCCUCGAAGCGCUCUGCCCACGCAGAAACCCACCCCACCGAAGCCACUGCAGCUGCAGCAGAACUUGGCGAAAAAGAGAGAACCGAAAAAGGAAAACCGCAAAGACGUCGACGACGACCAGCUGGUCAACGAAACAGACACCAUCACCAACACCAACGAGGAGCUGAACCAGACGCCCACGCUAAAUAACAACAAUAACAACAGCAAUAGCGGCGGCGGCGCUGAAGGCGCCCCAGUUCCGGCUGGCAGCGAAAACCCCGUGCUGAACGUGCAGAACGAAGACCAGGUCCGUUCCGAGGCCCAGGCCGCUGCCGAAGCGCAGGACCAGCUUAGUGAAAUGGAGCUGGAGCUCGACUUGACCAAGUUGCAGGAGGGACAGGCUUACCACCCGGACACGGGCUUCCUCCUAGGGCACAAGAACACCAAGAAGUUUGGCAAGAAAAAGUGUCUUAUCUUGGACCUCGACGAGACCUUGGUGCAUUCGUCCUUCAAGUACUUGCGCACGGCGGACUUUGUCAUCCCAGUGGAGAUCGACAACCAGGUGCACCACGUGUACGUGAUUAAGCGUCCUGGCGUGGACGAGUUUUUGGAGAAGGUUGGCCGUUGGUUCGAAGUGGUGGUGUUCACCGCCUCUGUGUCCAAGUACGGCGACCCGUUGCUCAACAAGCUCGACAUCCACCGUGCAGUGCACCACCGCUUGUUCCGUGACUCGUGCUACAACUACCAGGGCAACUUCAUCAAGAACUUAUCGCAGAUUGGCCGUCCUUUGAGCGAGUGCAUCAUCAUCGACAACUCCCCGGCGUCCUACAUCUUCCACCCGGAGCACUCCAUCCCCAUCUCAUCGUGGUUCAGCGACACUCACGACAAUGAGUUGUUGGACUUGCUCCCGUUCUUGGAGGACAUCUCCAAGCCCAACGUCGACGACGUGGGCAAGGUGCUCGACAUCGGCUUGUAG